UAUUAAUUUUAUACUUUAUCUUGUCAACCAAACCACGAGCUUCAAGCUUUGGAAGAUUUCUUUUGAUCGAGAGAAAAAGAUAAAAGCUUUAUCCUUUUUUGCUUUGGGUUCAUCUUCACAAGGAGGAAUGGCAAAGAGUUACUUCAAGCAAGAGCAUGAUCUGGAGAAGAGGAGGGCAGAGGCUGCUAGGAUUCGGGAGAAAUACCCGGAUAGGAUCCCGGUGAUUGUGGAGAAAGCAGAGAGGAGUGAUAUCCCGAACAUCGACAAGAAGAAGUACCUUGUCCCAGCUGAUUUGACCGUUGGACAAUUUGUAUAUGUUAUCCGUAAAAGGAUCAAACUGAGUGCUGAAAAAGCAAUAUUCAUAUUUGUGGACAAUGUUCUCCCUCCAACUGGUGCCAUUAUGUCUGCCAUAUACGAAGAGAAGAAGGAUGAAGAUGGAUUUCUUUAUGUUUCUUACAGUGGGGAGAACACAUUCGGGGAUCGGAUUUCUCAGUAGCCUUUGGUAAAUUUGUUCCCGACGUUGCUUUUAUCUUUUCCUUAUUUCACCAGACCCGUGUAUCAUCUCUGGCAUCACAAUUUCCAUUGCCUUUGGGACGGUAAUUUCAUUAUGGCUAGUAUUAUUUAAAGAACUGGUGACAAUACGGUGCCGAAUAUUGUAUAUAAAUUUUAUGAUUUCCACUCGAUGUGAAUAAGUUCAUUUU